AUGAAUGAGAAGAUGGGUUACGAUAACAGGAGUAGUAUGGGGUCGGUGAAGGUUUCGGAGAGAUCAAGAUGGCCGCCGUUGACGAGGAUGUUGAUGUCGGGAGAGAUGAGUGGUGAACGGCCAAAGGACCUCAAUAUGCGGGAGAGAUUCGAUCGGUGGAUGGUCAAUGAGGGAUACCGGAGAUUUUUCGUCCUCGUCUUCGCUGCUAUUCAUGGAAUGGUCUUUGCAUUCGGUUUCAUGAAUUACCAGAUCAAGGACAAUCUUACGUUGGCGAGAAGCACCUUUGGUCUCACAUAUCCGAUAGCUCGAUCUGCGGCUUUGACAUUACAUUUCGAUGUGGCUAUGAUUCUAUUCCCCGUCUGCAGGACGCUUAUCUCCUUGGCUCGACAAACCCCUUUGAAUGGCAUCAUACAGUUCGACAAGAACAUUACCUUCCACAAGACUACAGCUUGGUCUAUCGUCUUCUUUUCCUGGGUUCAUACGAUCGCGCAUUGGAACAACUUUGCUCAAAUCUCGGCAAAGAACAACCUUGGUAUUGGUGGCUUCCUUCUCGCAAACUUCGUCACUGGCCCAGGCUGGUCUGGAUACAUCAUGUUGGUUGCGCUCAUGGCUAUGGUGAUCACAUCUGUUGAGAAGGCACGAAGAGCCAACUUUGAACGCUUCUGGUACACGCAUCAUUUCUUCGUCAUUUUCUUUGUUUUCUGGUCUGUCCAUGGAGCCUUCUGUAUGAUCCAACCGGAUUUCGCUCCUUAUUGCGUCAGUGUUGGGUCUUCGGCCAUUGGUGUUUUCUGGCAGUACUGGAUGUAUGGUGGAUACAUUUAUCUGAUGGAAAGAAUUGCUCGAGAGAUCCGUGGCAAGCACAAGACCUACAUCUCCAAGGUUGUCCAACAUCCCAGCAACGUUUGCGAGAUCCAGAUCAAGAAAGAAAACACCAAGACAAGAGCUGGACAGUACAUUUUCCUCUGCUGUCCAGAAUACUCGGUUUGGCAAUAUCAUCCAUUCACGCUUACUUCCGCACCCGAGGAGGAUUAUAUCUCAAUCCACAUGAGAAUGGGAGGAGACUUCACCAAGGGUGUUGGUAAGAUCCUUGGCUGCGAACUCGAUAGACCAAGAGGAGACGGGCCCAAGAAAGACGCAUCCCAAGUCGUUGGCGUCAACUCUGCCGCCCCUGGCACAGAAGGUGUCGAUCCCGCUAUUCGCCGUGUCCUCCCUAGAGUCUAUAUCGACGGCCCUUUCGGCUCCGCCUCGGAAGACGUCUUCAAGUACGAGAUCGCCCUGCUCUGUGGUGCCGGAAUCGGCGUCACGCCCUUCGCAUCGAUCCUCAAAUCCAUCUGGUACCGCAUGAAUUACCCACAAAAGAAGACGCGUCUCCGCAAAGUCUACUUCUUCUGGAUCUGCCGAGACUUCGGUUCCUUUGAAUGGUUCCGCUCGCUACUCCUCGCCAUCGAAGCUCAGGAUAUGGAUAACCAUAUUGAGAUCCACACAUACCUCACAGCGAAGAUCAAGGUCGAUGAUGCUACCAACAUCAUGAUCAAUGAUGCGAAUGCGGACCGCGAUGCGAUUACGGGGCUCCGCGCACCGACGAAUUUCGGACGCCCGAAUUGGGAUAUGGUGUUUAAGAGUAUUCGCAAGAUUCAUAGCCCGGCAGAGUGUGGGGUUUUCUUUUGUGGACCUAAGGUUUUGGGGAGCUUCUCAUUCGCAUGGGGCAAAGAGAAUUUCUAG